UUUUGACAGAGGUUUGAAUUUGAAGCUUUUAAAAAGUAACGACGCGCUACAUUAUUGGAAACAAUUUACGUACUUUAUGAAAAUUUGUGAUAAAAAUUAAGAAACAAUGUCUCGUAAUUUUGUGACGAACUUUCGUGGUGAAAUGUACUAUACACCAAACGGUAAAUUACACGUAAAAGAUGAACCUGCGACACCGAUUGAGGAAGAUUUUGGUAUUGAAGAAGAUUUUGGUGAUCACAAUACGUUUGAUCGUUCGUUUGAUGAUGGGUUAGGUACUAUGAGGAAGUCUUUAUCCAUGAACGAUAUUGCUAAACUCAGGGGAGAUAUGGUAAAGCUGGAAUUGGAGGAUAAAGAAGACAUUUACCAAAGAUAUCGCCGUCCUACUGGUGCGCCACUAGAGCUGUCAAAAACAAAGUUUGUAUCAAUGGCUGAAGCUAUUUACCAUUUCCAAAGAGAUACACCAGGUCGUUUUCACACAAAAAAACCAGAAAGGUUUAGACCUCAGGGUUGUACUGCCCCAACCGGCCUUACUAGACCUCAAUCGCCAAUGCUUCGCUGCAAAACUAGAGCAAGACCUCAUCAAUACAUUCCUUCGCAACAAGAACGAGAGGAACAGGAACUUGAAGAGAUCAGAAAAUUCAAAAUAAAAGCACACCCUAUUCCCAAAUCAGUCAUUGAAGGUACACAUCUACCUGAAGUGCCUAGAAAGCCGGUAACAGUACCAGAACCAUUUAAACUAACUGAACAACCCAAAAGAAUGGUGCAAUCACCAGAUAAUGUACAUAAAUUCAAAGCGAGACCUGCUCCAAAACACAUUUUGGAAAAACCUGAUAUCCCCAUCAAACCUCCAGUGCAAACAACAAAACCAGUCAGUCCAAAGUUCCAUUAUAAACGUGGAAAAUCAUCUGAACAACUCAAGGUUGAACAUAAAGAACGUUUCUCUUCUAAAUCUGCUGAAAAACUCCCACAGAAACCACAAAGACAUGGGCCUGUACGACCUGAACCAUUUUCAUUUGAAAAACGUGAUGAAGCACUAAAGAAACGCAGAGAAGAGAGGAUCAAACACCAGAUUGAGGAAGAAAAGAAACAAGCUUCUCAAUUUAAAGCUCAGCCGUUGCCCGGAGCUGUAAAGAAGAGAAUGGUAAAUCUGUUCAACAAAGGUGGAGCAUCUUCCACCUCUUCAGAAAACAAAGAAAAUAAUUUUAAGUUUGAAGCUAGGCCAGCUAAAGUACUAUUCAAGGAGCCUUUUAAACCAAUCCUGUCACAACAAAAGCCUGUGCUUCCGGCACCAUUUUCACUGACAACUGAGAAGAGAGCUGCCAAACGUGAAAAGUUUGAGCGCCAGUUGAAAGAAAAGGAGGAAGAGCAAGAAAGACUGAGGCAACAGAGAGAGAAGGAACUACAAGAAGCAGAGGAAAAGGCCAAAAUGGAGUUGCGUACAAAACUUGUACAUCAUGCAAAACCUGUGCCUUCUGUAACACCCUUUGUUCCUGAGAAGUCUGUUGCUCCAUUAACAGUUCCUGAAACUCCUAAGUUUGUUAGGAGAUUAAGACAAAAUUAGUUUUUCUAUCUAGAAGUUGGCAAAAUAAUCUUCAAACAUUUUGUUUUAUUGUGGAAACAUGAUCAUGUCGGACUUUCAUUAGUUUCUUAUAUUUAGUAUAUAUUGAGCACUGACAUUUUAUGUAAUUUGUAGGACAUUUUAAUUAUUAUUACAAUAUAAAUUUCCAUACUAACUAUGUACUAAUUAGAUUUAUGUUCCUUUUGAUUUUGUAAUAAAUCUCAAUAUAAAUAAAA